CCCGCCGACCGCCUUCAUGCUCAGCCCCAGCCCCUCGCCAGCGCUCCCGGCAUGACCUCGGGCACCGGCAGCUCUGCCUCCGCCACCGUCGCCGGCGCCGCCCCCCACAAUGGUGAGAACAAACCGCCCCAGGCCAUCGUGAAACCCCAAAUCCUCACCCACGUCAUCGAGGGCUUCGUCAUCCAGGAAGGGGCAGAACCGUUCCCGGUGGGGCGCUCCUCCUUGCUGGUGGGGAACCUGAAGAAGAAGUAUGCGCAGGAGCUGCUGGCGGAGAAGCUCCCGCCGCAGGACAACACCACCACCACCGACUCCGAGAUGGAGGAACCCUAUCUGCAAGGUGUCCCUCCGCGCCCCCCAGAAUCCAAAGAAGAGGGGAACCCCCCCAAACUGAAGUGCGAGCUCUGCGGCCGCGUCGACUUCGCCUAUAAAUUCAAGCGCUCCAAGCGCUUCUGCUCCAUGGCUUGCGCCAAAAGGUACAACGUGGGGUGCACGAAGCGGGUGGGUUUGUUCCACCCCGAUCGCAGCAAACUGCAAAAACCCGGCGGCCCCCCCCACGGCCGCCGCCGGACCUGCAAGGGGACGCUGCCCCCCCUGGGCAAAGACACCAAGAAGCAGCCGCCGGUUUCUCUCCCGCCGGGUUCGGCGCCUCCUCUCCCCGCCACGGCCCCGCUGCAGCUCAACCACAGCCAGGAGGAUUCCAGCCGCUGCUCGGACAAUUCCAGCUACGAGGAGCCGCUCUCCCCCAUCUCGGCCAGUUCCUCCACCUCCCGCCGGCGCCAGGGCGAGCGGGACCUGGAGCUGCGGGAGAUGGAGCUCCCCGACGUCCACGUCCGGGACCUGGCCGGCAUCGGCCACCGCUUCCUCCCCAGCGAGCCCAGCAAGUGGAACGUGGAGGACGUCUACGAGUUCAUCCGCUCCCUGCCGGGCUGCCAGGAGAUCGCGGAGGAGUUCCGCGCGCAGGAGAUCGACGGGCAGGCGCUGCUGCUGCUGAAGGAGGACCAUCUCAUGAGCACCAUGAACAUCAAGCUGGGGCCGGCCCUCAAGAUCUACGCCCGCAUCAACAUGCUCAAGGACUCCUAG